CCCAUCCCGGAAGUGCGAAUCAAAACAAACGAAGGUGGAAAGUUCAGAAACUCCCACAGCGGCCCCUCUAAUUCGAAAACAUAAAACAGCUUCGUCGGUUUCAGACAAACAGUAGUUUGCACUACACGUUCUUUCUAAAGACACUGUUAACUUAGCCACGGUUCUCUAACCGAUGAGAAUAACCAUCGGGAAUCUUGUGACCGCGAGUCGCCGCGCUACCACUCUUCGGAAGUUCCCAAAGACGACCAUGUCGCGAAGGCUUCACGCGAGCAGGACCGAAGGAGUCGACAAAAACGUUUGGGUGGAGUUCACCCAGCUGGCGUCCGACUACAAAGCCGUCAACCUCGGGCAGGGUUUCCCGGACUUUGCCCCUCCCGAAUUCAUCCAAGAUGCCUUCUGUGAAGCCCUGCGCGGCGGUCCCUCCAUGCACCAGUACACACGUGCCUUUGGACACCCACGGCUGGUAAAGAGUCUGGCCAAAUUCUUCAGCGGCAUCGUGGGACACCAGAUCGAUCCCAUGGAGGACGUCCUGGUGACGGUCGGUGCCUACCAGGCGCUCUUCUGCGCUUUCCAGGCACUGGUGGACGAGGGAGACGAGGUGAUCGUCGUGGAGCCUUUCUUUGACUGCUACCAGCCCAUGGUGAAGAUGGCCGGCGGGAAGGCGGUGUACGUCCCUCUGAGGCCAAAAGCGGAAGGCGCCGUCCUGUCAAGCGGCGACUGGGUCCUGUCCACCGACGAGCUGGCCAGUAAAUUCACCUCGCGCACCAAAGCCGUCGUCAUCAACACGCCCAACAACCCGCUGGGAAAGGUGUACACGACGGAAGAGCUGCAAGUGAUCGCCGACCUGUGCGUCAAGCACGACGUGCUGUGCUUCAGUGACGAAGUGUACGAGUGGCUCACCUACGACGGAGCCGAGCAUGUGAAAAUCGCCAGCCUGCCCGGCAUGUGGGAACGAACUGUCACGGUCGGGAGUGCGGGGAAGACCUUCAGCGCCACCGGGUGGAAGGUGGGCUGGGCUAUCGGCGCUGGAACCGUCAUCAAACACAUGAAGACCGUUCAUCAGAACAGCGUGUACCACUGUGCCACCGCCGCUCAGGAGGCGGUGGCUCGCGGCUUCGAGCGGGAGUCGGAGGUGACGGGCUCCCCGGACAGCUACUUCCGCCAGCUGCCGGCCGCGCUGCACCGAAAGCGGGAGAAGCUGGCCAAGUGUCUGGAGAGCGUGGGCCUGAAGCCCAUCAUGCCACAGGGGGGCUACUUCAUGAUCACCGACAUCUCCUCUGUCGAGGUGGAUCUCAAUGACCCGAGCACAAAGGACGAAUCCUACGACUUCAGAUUUGUCAAAUGGCUCAUUAAAGAAAAGGGCUUAGCGACAAUACCCGUGUCGGCCUUCUACAGUCCGGAGCACGGCGCAGACUUUGAUAAAUACAUCCGAUUCUGCUUCGUCAAGGAGGACUCCACCCUGGACGCAGCAGAGGCCAUCUUGAGAAAGUGGAGUGCUCCACGUGACACACUUUUUAAGAAGAAGAAGGUGACCCGGAAGCAGGUAGAUGUCACGUGUCUGUGUGAGCGAAACAUGUCUACCGUUGUCGCUACGAAGAGACAACAAACGUCCUCCGCUCAGCCGCAGGAGAGAGUCGACUGGAAGAAAAGGAAAGCGGAAAUCAAGGAGGCCAAGAAGCAGAGGAAGGAGGCCAAGCUGAUCAAACAGCUGGAAAAUCAGAAACAAAGAGAGGCGGCUGAGAGGGAGAACGCUGAGCAGGCGCACAACAAAAAAGGUCGAGCGUACACGGUGAGCGUGGCUCUGCCGGGCUCGGUUCUGGACAACGCUCAGUCCGCCGAACUCCGCACCUACCUGGCGGGACAGAUCGCCCGCGCCUGCGUCAUUUUUUGCGCCGACGAGAUUGUCGUGUUUGAUGAGCAAGGCGAAGAUGUCAAGAGCGUGGAAGGCGAGUUUAAAGGCGUCGGGAAGAAGGGACAAGCGUGUAUUCAGCUGGCCAGACUUCUACAAUACCUCGAGUGUCCCCAGUACCUGCGCAAGAUUUUCUUCCCAAAGCAUCAAGACUUACAGUAUGCAGGACUGCUGAACCCUUUGGACAGUCCUCACCACAUGAGGAUCGACGAGGAAUCGGAAUACCGCGAAGGCGUCGUCCUCGACAGGCCCACCAAAGCGAGCAAAGGUUCUUUGGUCAAAUGUGGCAUGAGGAAGGAGGUUAAGAUCGACAAACAGCUGCAGGCGGGACUGCGAGUAACUGUGCGUCUCAACGCGCUGCAGAAGCAAGAGAGCAAAACGUACAAAGGGACGGUGGUGGCUCCUCACGUGCCCGUCACGGAAGCGGGGCUCUACUGGGGCUACAGCGUCCGCCUGGCGUCCUGCCUCAGUGCCGUGUUCACGGAAAGUCCGUACGAGGACGGUUACGACUUGACCGUCGGGACCUCGGAAAAAGGCAGCCGCGUCGACGAGGCCUCGCUGGCGCCGUUCAAGCAUCUUCUGGUGGUCUUCGGCGGCCUCCAGGGACUGGAGGCCAGCCUGGACGCCGACCAGAACCUGGACGUGCCGUGUCCCAGCGUCCUCUUCGACCACUACCUCAACACGUGUCCCGCCCAGGGCAGCCGCACCGUUCGCACUGAGGAAGCCAUUUUAAUCUCCAUGGCGACGUUGAGGCAGAAGAUAGCGACCGCCUUUUCCAGUGCUUAAAAGAUGUCACUGUUCCUUUUUUUCAAUUUUUUAUGAAAUAAAAAUGUCCUCAAAAUCUGUAUCACUCUUAACACUUUUGACACAAACCUUCACAAAGACAUUGGUGGGUUUUCUGCCCUCCACUAACGUGUAUGUGUUCACUGUGAUGGGUUAAAUGCAGAGAACAAAUGUCGUGUUCAUGACAAUAAAAGGUGAUUCUUCUUCUUCCUCA